AUGUCUUCAUCCAACGCCAAGCGGUCGGUCUCACCAAGUUCGUCGGCAUCGGCGUCAUCUAAACGGCACAAAUCACAAGAGCCAGCACAACCCGCGGAAUCUCAGGAAGAGCCUUCCCAGGGGAUUCACAAUCCUGCAGCUGCCUCCUCCAAUGAAAACACGCAGGAUGACCCCGCCGGAUCAUCGAGUCAUUCAUCAGCUGGUUCAACGAACAGCAAUGAGCCCGGACCCUCGGGGAGCAGCAAGACCGAGCAUGGUCAAGCUCACAAGAAAGGAUUCAAAGUACGGACGAAGGCGCUCCUUCGCAACUGUGGAGAAGCAGAUGGAGUCCUCGAAAAUCUCUCUUUGGCGCCUAAUCCGACAGGUGACUUCUCCAGAGAUCUAAGCCAAGUCGGUCAUAAGACCAGACCACAUUUAGAGCCGCAGCAACGAAAAGCUCUGAUGGACGAGCUCGAACGAAAUGUUGAGCAGAUCCAAGAUCCUGACUCCCAGCCCAAGUUUCGGGAUCUGGAGUGCGCCUUCUCGGCCCCGGUUGGCGGCCUAUAUGAAGCAGCUGACUUCCUUGGUCUUUCCUCAGAAGACCUAUUGAGGGGCGUCAAGAUCGAUCCUUCCUCGCCACUUCGGCUUAGGCCAGACCAGGUGCAGAAUGUCGCAUUCCUGGUAAAAAAUGCUGAAGGUCUCUUAAAGGGCGCGAUCAACGCCAAUGACCAUGGUACUGGGAAGACAAUCGAAGCUCUGUCCGCUAUCUUCUUCCUCGCCAAACGAGAGGCUGCAUCCGGCUUAUCGGCGCAGCUCAGCACAGUACAGCUAUCGAACUGA